GUAUCUUUGUCCAUUGACUGGAUACUUUGUUGCACUGGUUAUAGUCCCAACUAUACUAACACACUACAAAGGAUGAAAGAAACACCUCGAGCCAGAAUGAACAACCGAAACCCGUCUCUCGAUGCAUGCAUCUAAUCCGUAUAAAUAGAUAUGUAUCCCGCAGAUAUACUCAUAUCACCAUCACCCCAAGCAUCCUCUCAGGACGAUCACCCCCAAACCAAACCAACAAAAUCAACACCAACCACAGAAACCCCCAAAAAGCACCCUCUCGCAAAGCUCACCCACCCACCCACCACAAUGAGCGAAUCCAGCGAGCUUAUGGUCAACUUUGACCUCAGAAAGGUCUUCAUAUUCCACGCAGUAUUUGGCGUGCCCGAGCGCCCCGAGUCCACAACCCGCGACUUCUUCUUCCAAAGCGUGUUCGUGCCCCUCGAAGGCGGCUACACCGGCGCCGUCGCACUUCUCGUCUCUAUGAUCUACAAGAUCAAGGACCAUCCGAGACAGAUUCGUCUGCGGUAUGACACGUCCCCUGAACACACGGGCGGAGUCUGGUACGGGCUCUGGCUGGAUAAGGAGUUGGAGGCGGCGACUAAUGACUGCGUUCGCGCUGCUAUUGUGGAGGACAUGGAGCGGAUGAUUGGGAAGUUUGUUACUGGGUAUAACGCUUCUUCUUCUUCUUCUUCUUCUCCUCCUACCUCUCCUACAGUGAGAGAGGUCUGAGUGUUUCGAUUACCUGGGAUUCUUUUUGCGGGUUUUUUUUGGGCUUGGAGUUGGGGAGGAGUAGUGGUUGGCAUCUUGCUGGUUGGGAUGGUCAAACUUA